UAAGUAUUGUCCUCCUCUCCUCUAAAGGAUUCUAGGGCUCGCUUACUGCGCUACACGGCUUUUAGGCGGCUGCCUCUUCUUUCUUCUUCACCCCGAAGGUCCUUAGAGUUUCGAUUUUUUUCUCGGCCAUGGACCCUUAUGCAACGGAAACAGUCGUGGAUGAGGAGAACCACGAAGUGAAACCAUCCGAAGAUGCUGAGGACGAUGACGACAAAUCUCAGCCUCAAUCUGGUGGUGGCAUCGAUAGUGCAGGAAAGAUAUUUGUUGGAGGUUUAGCCAGGGAGACAACUUCAGCUGAGUUCGUCAAGCAUUUUGAGAAGUACGGAGAGAUUACAGAUUCUGUGAUUAUGAAGGAUAGGAAAACUGGACAGCCCCGAGGGUUUGGGUUUGUUACUUAUGCUGAUUCCUCUGUGGUCGACAAACUUAUCCAGGACAAUCACAUUAUAAACGGGAAGCAGGUUGAGAUUAAGCGGACGAUACCGAGAGGAUCCAUGAGCUCCUCCAACGAGAUCAAAACCAAGAAGAUAUUUGUUGGUGGAAUCCCUUCAACUGUUGAUGAUGAUGAGUUCAAGGAGUUCUUUAUGCAAUUUGGAGAGCUCAAGGAACACCAGAUUAUGCGUGAUCACGCAACUGGAAGAUCGCGUGGGUUUGGGUUUGUUACAUAUGAAAGUGAAGACAUGGUUGAUCUUCUCUUGGCAAAAGGAAACAGAAUCGAGCUCUCUGGGACCCAGGUUGAGAUAAAGAAGGCAGAGCCGAAGAAACCAAACUCGGUAACAACCCCUUCAAGGCGGUUUGGUGACUCACGCUCUAACUUUGGCGGAGGCUAUGGAGACGGUUAUGGUGGAGGACCUGGCGGUGGAUAUGGUGGUCCAGAUGGUCCUUACAAAUCUGGUGGCGGCUAUGGAGGUGGCCGGUCUGGUGACUAUGGAGGGUACGGAGGAGAGUUUGGCGGGUAUGGUGGCGGUGGAUAUGGUGGUGGUGUUGGACCUUAUAGAGGAGGAGAGCCUCCACUUGGGUACUCUGGUCGUUAUGGAGGAGGAGGCGGUGGUGGUUACAACAGAGGUGGUUACGGCAUGGGAGGUGGAGGAGGAGGAGGGUACGGUGGUGGACCUGGAGAUAUGUAUGGUGGGCCGUACGGUGAGCCAGCAGGUGGUUAUGGUGGACCAAGUGGGAGUUAUGGAAGUGGAUACGGUAGUGGUGGGUAUGGUGGAGGAGGCUAUAGAGGCAGCAGUGGUGGGUAUGACAUGGGUGGUACUGGAGUUGGAGGCGGAGGAGGUUACCCUGGUGGUGGCGGAGGAAGUGGAGGAGGCUCGUUCUAUGGUGGUGCAGGAGGAGGAGGAAGUAGAGGAGGAUAUGGAGGAGGUUCGGGACGGUACCAUCCUUAUGGAAGGUAGAAAGUUCCAUAAAGCUUUCAAUCUUCUUCUUGUCUUGUUUGUUUCUGUCAUGUAUGGUUAUCAAGAAUGAUAGCUAGAGAGUAAUACUGUAUGGUGAGAGAGGAGGCUUAUAGGGUUUGAUUCCCAGAGAUUAGUUUAAUUACAUUUAUAGAUAAUCGCCAGAAUAUUUUUUUUUUUGCGUAGAACACAGGUCUUUGUGGGCAACUAGAUUUAGCUUUGUAUCAUGGCUUUCGAGUUUUGAUUCCAACCUUACCAGUUAGAUUGUAUUGUUGCAUUUUUUUUAUCAUGAACCUUCCAAGUCAGUCCGAAGGUUUGAUUGUCGUCUACUUCUCCCAAAGUGAGAACCACAAAUUUGACCAAAAAAUAUCUGCCUCGAUUGUUUGAUUCUUCUCUUUUUUCGUGUUCCAUUUUCACGAUUCAGACAAAACUUAAGUUUUUUUUCUCCGCCGGAAAUUUCACCAAGGCGAUCUCUUUUCAUCAUUGUUUUGACUGCUGCCCCCUCUAUCGUUUCCUAAUCUCUUUUUCAAUUCAAUAUUUUAUAUUUUCUGGGUCUGAGAAUCCGACAUCUGGAGAUGGCAACACUUGCAUCGAACAUUGUCUUCAUCGGAAAAGUAGAGAGGAGGAGGAGGUUGAAGAUAGAUUGCAGAAAGAAAGAGAAAGGAAGAGAUCAAAGCAUUUCUCCUUAUAAAGUCAUUGAAAUUACUCCUCCCCCUAAGUCUCUCGGCGUUCGCUGCCUUCCUCACCUGUGAUGUUUGCAGAAUCUUCAGUGCGGAGAGAACGUGAUGAUCGAAGGUCAAACGUACACAAUCUCGGCGGUGACUCAUCGGUAUCAGCUGCGUAAAGGUAAGUACGAGCCUAGUGAAAGACGCCUUGAUGUUCUCUCCGCUGCUAGAUACGUCUUAAACCUUUAUUUCGACAAUCUGCUCCAAAAUUCUUGACCUCCCUUUUUCUUAGAAUUCCUUGUCCCACAACAUUAAUGUAAUAAAGAACCUGUACGAUGAUGAUGGAUACUUGUCAUAAUGAAUGAUAGAAUGUAUUGUUCAUGCUA